AUGUCAAAAUAUAAAGCAAAAGGUGCCGUUCGCACAUUAAAAAAUUACACUAAAGGAUAUUCAGAUAUCCAAGCCAAGGUUAGAUCUGCAACUUCGAACGAUCCAUGGGGUCCAAAUAGUACAUUAAUGGCUGAAAUUGCUCAAGCUACAUUUAAUCAGUACGCUCUUUUUUCUUUUUCUUAA